AUGCCGGUGCCCACGAACACACCUGCGCAAGGUCCGAGUCCAAAGGUGUUCGAUGCCCUGGAGCGAGCAGAACGCGAGUUGAAGACUGCCACCGAGUCGCUCAGUGUGGUGGGCCAGCAGCUGGACGAACUCCGGGCUGUCGUCCAGGACGGAGAGUCCUGUCUCAAUGCGACGGCGCUUCAGCAGCUGCAGCAGCCAGAGGUGGCAAAGACGAGCUCGACGACCUCUAGAGACUCGUCAUCAGGCCGAGUCCUGCUGUCUGUGGCGGAUCCUCCGGGGCUGCUGCUGCACCGGCACAACCUCCAGAAGAGGAAGAACAAGCAGGCACCCCAACCACGGUUCCGGCGAGUGAGCAACGUCCACGCCGGUGCAGCAGGCGUGGAGCUUCGCCUGCACGGCAGAUGGAUGGAACUGUCAACGGAAGCAUCUCAGGGUGAAGCUGGAAGAGACAGACCCAACAAGGCAAGAACUGCCUUUCGGUCUCGGACAGCCACGAAGGAUGACUUGGCAUCUGCGAAUCUGUCUAGCAACUUGCCAAUUCUACACCCGCAAGGCAUCUUCAAACUUUGCUGGGAUCUGCUGGCCCUGACGCUUCUCUUGAACGACUGCAUUCUGCUUCCAAUGUCCCUUGCAUGGGACUUUUCAAUGACGGACGUCGGCAUCGGCGGCACACUUACUGCGGUCAGUUUCUACAUUAGUCUGGUUUUCUGGACUGCCGAUCUGCCCGUGAAUCUGAACACGGCCACUUACAUACGAGGCCGUUUGGUCAUGCGUCGUCGAAGCAUUCUUUGGCACUACUCACGGAGCUGGAUGAUGUUUGAUGUGUUCGUACUCUCGCUGGAUUACGGCUACCUCGCCCUGAGCACGGAUGUGGUGUUGCUGCGGUUUGUUCGGAUCUUGCGGGUUGUUCGCCUCGUCCGCAUCGUUAAGCUGUCCAAGCUGAACACCAUGAUCGAAGAAAGUGCCGCGUCAGCCGGCCGGCAGUGGGUGACGCUAGUGGUUGCCAUCACGAAGACGGCGAUAACGAUGUUGAUGGUCGCCCAUUUCUUGACAUGCGCCUGGUUCUAUAUUGGGCUGCACUUGGGACCGGAGUUGCCAAGCUUGAGCUGGGUUGAGAUCGCACAGAUAGCAGAGAGGCCGGAAACAAGGGACCUCAAUGCUUCAAGCACGGAUGACGAUCUGAGCAGCGGCUGGUCGCCGGCAAACGAAGUAGCCCAUUUAGUGCCUGGAUUCAUUCAAUACAUGCAUUCGCUCCGCUGGAUAAUGAAUUCGCCAUCUCCUCCAGAAAUGUCCGCUGGAAGCGGGGUUGAGUGGGGAUUCGACAUCUUGAUUUCGGUGACGACUCUAGUCGUCAUCGGUUCCGCGAUUUCCAAGAUCUCGGGGACCACGGCAGAGCUAAGGGCGAUGAACGAGGAGAGUGACCGACGCCGACGCGACGUACGGCUUUAUUUGGCCGGACAGUCUGUGUCGUACGAGCUCGUCACCCGAAUCAUGCGAUUCGUAGAUUACAAGCUGGAGAAGUUUUCCACCAACACCUUGGAUGCUUCCCUUAUCUCGCCGACUCUACAACUGGAGCUGUAUGUCAGCCAGCGGGCCAACUACUUGAGCAGAAUGCCGAUCUUCGCUCUGCUCCAGGAGUGCUACCCAGACGUGUUCGGAUCGGUCUGUGCGGCCUUGAAGAAGAACUUCUUUGAGAAGGGUGAGCCAGUCUUCCAAGCCGGAUCUUACGCAACAAGCUUGCAGUUGACGAGCACAGGCACCUACAGCUACCAAGACCAGAACAGCUUCGAGACUGAGACCUUGGAAGGGUCUCAUUGGUUUGGCGAGCUUAGCUUGUUCGCCGAGUCGACCAUCCAUCAGAGUAAUCUGAUCCCGACCUCCUUUGCGGAAACCUACUCGCUGUGCGGCUCCGACUUGGUGGGGAGCGUCAAGUCUUCGAGGGGAGCUGCGUCGAUGUUCUGCGAGUAUGCGAAGGAUUUCGUUGCGGCAAUGCAGAAGACUGAGUCAAAGCACGCGGACGAGGACCAGAUACUUCAAGGAGAGAACUGCUGCAAGCAGAACCAUCAGUUCCAGGCCCUCUACCCUGACCCGAAGAAGCUUUUCAGCAAUAUCAUCGUCUAUGCAGCGGAGUCGCCGAGUCCGAAAAAGGACGAGGACGACCUGCUGGAGCUGGGCGAUGACAUCGCAGCUGCAACAAAGCGUGAGUACCACAAGACGGCAUCGUCUGGCUCUUUGGUACUGAGCCGACUGACUUCUGAAAGCUCCACUCUCACGAAUGGCAGUGGUGCCCUUCAUCCACGAGUAGAAUCUACAGAGGAUCCAGGACUCCAGGACUUUGUGGAGGCUGUGUUGCACAAAGGCCUCGAUGCAGAGCAGUUGCCUCAUCAGCUCGAGAAGCAUAUUCCGGAGCUGCACCCUGUUUGGAGCCCGCAUGCCGUCUUCGAACAGGCGGGUGAGAGGGAGAGAAGCUCAUCUUCCUGCAUCAGCGUUCUUGCGCUUGUGAAGAAUCGCUACGACAUCUUCACAGAGCCCCAGGGCAAGAAUGUGAAGCUGAAGCAGUCCCAAUGGGACGAGCUUCAAGAACUCGUGCACUGGAUUGAGCCUGAUUCGCAGCAGCUGCAAGCCGUGCUGGUGCUUCUGGCCAUAAGGGCGCUGGGCAAGUCCAAAGCAGCCCUCCAGCAGCUUCCAGUCGAGAGCCGACGCCCGGAGAGGGCGGUAGUACACGUGAUGAAUGGCUACGAGAAUGUAGUGCCAUCGGUGAAGUGGCUGACUCAAAGGAGCCAGGCCUAUGUGGAGGAGGCGCUUUUGACUCACGAGCUCUUCAACGUGGCGCAGAUGUUGCAAGGAGAGAACUGCCCGGCGAACGUGAAGCAACUCCGCGAGCACAUCGAGCUGAAAGGUGAUGCAGUGUUCCGAUUCUACAUCUUGUUCCUGCUGGGCUUCAUGAGCGGUCUUGCUGCUGGCAAUGGUUCCCGCUUUAUGAAUGCAAAGAAUGCUGAUUCUACGAUUGGUGGCAUUCGAAUGCUUCAGCGGCUCAUGAAUGUAAACCCCACCAGCAUCUACUGGGGGUACAUGGGCCUUCGUGCGGCGAAGCUGAAACUGCCCUUCGACACUCCAGAGGACAUGGUCCUUGUACGAUUGGCAUGUCUGGCGCGGAUUCAGGAUGAUCGCGGGUACCAGACACUGAAGAACUCGUGGCGAGCUCUUGGAGCACGCGAGCGCACCUCUUUAACCGAUCACUUCUUGGCGGAUGGCAUCGAGGAGCCAGCAUGGGUGUUUGAGUUCUUGCCGAACUGCGUGGCUAAUGCGCAGGCUAACCCCGUGGUCGGCCUGACGGCCCUUCUGGACGUUCUGACAGACUUGUUGUACAACCUUCGCUCCCUCGACAAGUCAGGAAAGCCCUCGGUGAUGCUCGUGGACCUGUCUGACAUGGGCGAGUUCAUUGCUGCAGUGCAAAACCGCUUUGUAUUCUUGACGUGCAUCUCCAGAUCUCAACUCAGCAUUGAGAAAUCGAGGGUUCGCGUCGAAAUGUCUGGUGGAAACUGGGGAAGAACCACAGAUCCUGACACCGAUCUUACAAGCAUUGCGUACACGCUGCAGGACUUGGUGCAAAAGCAGCAGUUUGUCGAGGACUUGCUGCAAGGAUUACUUAAUGCGGUUGCAGUGCAUCAUAGUGCCGGCGAAGGGGCACAGGACUUGUCAGGAAAGUCGUGCAGCGAAAGCUUGACCGGAGCAGCUGGCAGCAUGAGAGUUGACACAACAUUUCCAGAGUGCAUCAUGAUGACUUCUGGUGCUUCAUUCGUUGUGUGCACGAUGAACAUUGCGAAGGAGCGCCUUUCGCAUCUUGGACAUGUUAUGCUCCUUGCACCAGUGCACGUCCUUGUUCACGACAGCGCGUGGGCCGGCCUAGCAUUCGUGUUGUUUGCUACACACGAGCAGUACUCUGGACUCCACUGCGCAGGCAAUGAGUCACGCUGGAGACGCGUUAAGCGCUUGGGUAGUGGCUGGGCCUCCGAGAAGAGCGGGCAAUUGAUGGAAAGGGAAGCCUCGUGGCAUCAGUUUUCGAACGGCCUUGCUUCGGAGCGCCAGUCUGCGGCGGCAAAAAAUGCGGGGAGACGAUCCACGCGGAGGAGGAAGCCAGUGGAAACCAGCGGAAUCGGACAGAAGAAGCCGGAGACGUUCGAUGGUUGGGUAAAGCUGGCUGGGGAGACUGGUUGGAUCUGCCAGGUUGAUGAGGAAGUCGGUGCCAGCAAGAAGUGCCUGCAGGCCGUGGAAAAGCCACGAGCCAUGGCCGUGGAAAGCCUUGCAAAGACACCCGGGCGCCAGAUGCUUGAGGUGGUGGCAGACGAUGGUGUUGAUCUUCUGCGGGAGCCAUAUGAUGGUGCGUUGCUGCUGGGGAGGAGGAGUUUUGGUGAAUUCCUGCUGGCAGACUCGCAGUCGUACCACGGCUGGGUCCGUUUGUCAGAUGAUGAUGGCUGGGCUCAGGCAGUCAGUGGCUCCGGCGAGAAGCUGCUCGUCGGGAUUCGACCCGACGAGCUGCAGUUGACGCAAUCUGUCGGGCAGGCGGUUCCAGAAGAUGCGCAGAAGGAGCAGCUGGCUGCCGCAGCAGAGGAGGCGGCCCGGAAAGAGGCAGCACGCCAGCUGGAGGCAGCAGCUUUGUCUGGAAAUUCUGCCUUCUUUUGCGCAGCGCUUGAGGUAGCGCGGCAGAAGGGAGUGUCGAAAAAGGACAUCGCGAGGGCCAAUGCCAUGCGCUCCUGA